AUGGACUCCGAAGAGAUUUCAAAACUGUGUGAACAAUUGCGGCUGGACUUAGAGGAGGAGGUGGUCCCGGUGGCGGCGAGUGCAUCAGAUAUUGGAUUUGCUAAAUUGGCUACUAGCCUCGUCGGAAAAGUGUUCGGGAAUAAGCAUGAGAAUAUUCCAGACAUAGGGGAACUUCACAGUAUAGAGGUAAACAUAAAAGGGGGCCAACAGAAAGGGUGGAAAAGAAAGCAGGGAAUGUCCAACACAGUUCAGUUAGGCAAGGCCAAAGUACUGAAAUCUUUUUCAACUUCAAAAGCAACUGGGAACAGCUCCGGAAUUUUGGCAGAAACAAAUUGUCUCUCUCUUUCUAUUUCUGCUUCUGUUUCUCCAACAUAA